GCAGCACCAGCACACAGAGUCUCACUCACAGAAAAGAAACCAUCGUCCAGCCACGCAGGCGAGCGAUGGCGAGCCUGAGCGUGCCUCCGGUGCUCACGCCUCCGCGUGAUGACGCCGUCGCUCUCCACAAGGCCUUCAAAGGGUUCGGCUGCGACAGCACGACGGUGACUAACAUACUUGCUCACCGCGACUCGGCGCAGCGCGCGCUCAUCCUGCACGAGUACAAAGCCAUAUACCAUCAGGAUCUCUACCAUCGCCUAGCAACUGAGCUGAGUGGAAACCACAAGAAUGCUAUGCUGCUUUGGGUCCUCGACCCCGUGGGGCGUGACGCGACCAUACUGAACCAGGCUCUCAACGGCGACAUCACCGACCUGAGAGCCGCCACGGAGGUAAUCUGCUCCAGGACGCCGUCGCAGCUGCAGAUCAUGAAGCAAACCUACCGCGCGAGGUUCGGAUGCUACCUCGAGCAUGACAUCACCGAACGCACCUACGGUGAUCAUCAGAAGCUUUUGCUUGCGUACCUGGGAGUCCGGCGCAACGAAGGCCCGGAAGUUGAUCCUUCGGCGGUGACAGACGACGCGAGGGAGCUGUAUCAAGCCGGCGAGAAGAGGGUGGGCACCGAUGAGCGGGCCUUCAUCCGCAUCUUCAGCGAACGCAGCUGGGCGCACAUGGUGUCCGUGGCCAACGCUUACCAGCACAUGUACGCCCGGUCCCUGGAGAAGGCCGUGAAGAGUGAGACGACAGGGAACUUCCAGUUCGGGCUGCUGACCAUCCUCAGGUGCGCCGACACUCCGGCAAAGUACUUUGCCAAGGUCCUGCACAAGGCGAUGAAAGGCCUGGGCACCAGCAACGCGGCGCUCACACGGGUGGUGGUGACGAGGACCGAGGUUGACAUGAAGUACAUCAAGGCAGAGUACCACAACAAGUACAAGGGGUCGCUGGCUGAAGCUAUCCACUCCGAGACGUCGGGGAACUACCAAACCUUCCUCCUCUCACUCGUCGGCUGGGACCGCUAAUUCGCUCCUGUCGAUCCCACGCAUGCAUGGUGGCGCCACCAAGACUGCCAUGCGUGAUCCAUCAAUAGGCAUUGGGGCACAAUAAUCUGAAAAGGAGCAAAAUAAGAUUGUAUUAUUCCUGUGGAAUCAACACAAUUGUUCUAUGUUCACUUUUCCAAAUAUGGAGCAUCAGUACC